CACCGUUCAAAUUUUAUAUUUAUUUUUAAUAUUUCCAGGCUGUAGAAUGAAAUGCUCCCAGAACAUAUAUCCCUUGACCUCGAACCCGGGCGCGUGCGCCGCAUCCUGCGAAAGAUUCUGGGCAAGCUCAGCGAUAUAGAAGAGGAGGUCGCCCUCCGGCCCUCAGUCUACAAAACCAACAGCGGCUCACACCUGCUGCCAAAGGCUCACCGACAACCGCGUUACACGUAUAGACGGCGAAGCGGGUAUCGCUCAUCGGACGGAAACGGCAGUGACGGUUCCGACGCAUCUAUAGACUUUACGAGCUCCACUGGGGCUAAGCGCAGAGGCAAUAUUGGCGGGAGUAAGACGAGAGCCGGCCAGUUUGUGAGAUCCUCCAGUCUGGGGUCGCUCUCGGACAGUGACGCGGCGGGUACCAGCGGCAGUACCAUUGGAAAGGAUCCGGCGCUAUGGCUGACGACGCCGCGCAAGCGGCCAGAGCCAGGUCGCCAAUCAACAGCGACAUUUCGGCGGCGGCAAAGACGCUACUCGCCGAGACGCAGACAAAGUCUUUUGCAUCACGGCUGGAGAACCUCAUUCCCCAAAGGCUGCGUUUCGGCUUGGCGAAGCCAUAGCGUGCUCCGAGGACAGCGACGACCUCGAUAUAUCGACGAAAUAUACAGCGCAAUUCCGCCCUUUCUCACCCGCUUUGUGCUGUGGCACCAUGUUGUUGCCAUGUGCUAUCUGCGCACCCCAGCGUAUGCCGACACGCUCGCCGAGGCGCUGUGGCAAGUCGGCGCUGUUGCGCAGCAGGAAUGGUUAAUUAUAUGCGCCUGGGCCGCUUCAAAAAAUAUGGCGCCGCUGCACCUGCGGGCCAUCGAUAUUGGCACUGGAAUGCGGUUUCGCAGGAGGCUGGCAGGCGAGACCACAGAUGUGCACUUGUUGGCGACCAAAUCCCUGUGGUACCAGUUUGUGCCGACUGGAUGCACUGUGAAUGCGAGCGAUGAAGAUGAUAGCGGAGAGCGCGCCGGCGACGGGUCUUUUUCUGCGCAGAUGGAUGCAGCAGUUCCGUCGAGGUACGCCAAGUGGGUUGCACGCAUGGGCGACCUGGCGCAGAGCACGCUUGCACUCGAUCAAGCGCUGCAGUUCAUCUCGCUGCAACUCUCCCCAGCUUUGGAGAACUCGUGGCUCGGUUGUAUGGCCCCGGAUGCAGCUAUGGGCGGCAUCGAUAUGGCUGUUUCUGGGGGACUGUGGCAGUGCCUCAUGGCACAGCCCGGCCGCUCGACGAUGAAACAGGGCGGACUUGGGCAGGAGACUCUGAGAAUGUGCACCAUGUACCGGUCCGGGCUGACACUGCUGGCCCUGCGUCAGUUGAAGCUCUGUGCGCUGGCUCACCCGGUGGCAAAAUCGGAUUUGCGACGGCUCUGCGAGACAAUCGCUCUUCCGAACCCAUCGGCGAUGCCAUUGGAGGGCGGGCCCAGUAGGCGGGGCCUCAUUGCCGCGCGAUUCAACAGCCUGAUGGAGUCGACACUGCACUUGUCUGGUGGACUCACAGUUCGCGGCGCGGAUCCUGAUACCCUCCUCGCCCGUGCUGUUCCACGAUCUUGCGCGGAUAUCGGCAUGGAUCUCCGGUGUCCCCGCGUGGCCAGGACGAUCGUCGACCUUGUUUCAUUGCGAUUCGAUGCUAUUUGGGCGCACCACAGCGAGUGCAGCGUCUGGCAGCGCGACUGGUCUCGAUUGCAGAACACCGGAGUGUGCGUGGUCGACGCCAUACCUGGCGCCAAUGGCCCGGUCGCUUCGCAUGCGGCUCCAGCAUGCGUACAGGACGAGUCUUCGAUUGUCAAGGCGGGCGGCUGUGGGAUUGACGAUUGCGUGUAUGGCAACAGCAGGGAGCGUGCUUUGCGACAACUGAGGGAUCGCGCGGAUAGGGCUACAAAGCCUGCCCCUACGGAAUCCGUAUCCAUACCGGCAUCUGCACCAGAGACUGCGUCCAAGUCUGCCCUCGGCAGUUCUAUUUUUGGAAAAGUUGAAGAGGACGAGCUUGGAUUCAUGCUGUUGCAGCGCCGGCGAUCUCGCGCAAACCAGCGAUGAAAAGCAAUGCUAGAGAGCAGCGCCUGCCUUACUUGCUUCUGUUUGGCUUUUUUAUUUUAGCAGCAACAGCAGCGUCAGCAUUCAUCACUGCCUUUUUUCUCCCGCGCAUUCAUCUAUCAGCUCGAUUGUUCUUCUCCAUUGAUGAAUUAUAAAGUGUUGGUUUCACUUUUCUUUUUCUCUUUUUUUGCCGUUUGAAUUGCGUUCCUUUUUUUUUUUUAAAUUCCCGUA